AUGUCGUCCUUCGACUCCGUCGCUGCCAUCGCCGGCGACGACGAAGCGCUCACACAUUCUCCCUUUGGCAUCUCCGACGGCUACAACGCCGAGGGCAGCCGGGGCCAUGGCAUGCAUCGCGGCCACCGCUUCGCCACGUCCUACUCCUCCUUCGGCACCGCCCUCUCCGAGGACGACCUCGCGGGGAUCGCGGGCGAGGGGUUUGGCGGCGGGUACGGCGCGUACAGCAUGGCGCCGGACUCCAACGGCAGCGGCUACAUCGGCGUCGAGGAAGUGCUGAUGGGUAGCCUGCUCCAGGGCGGCAUCGGCGGCAGCAUGGAUGACGACCUGUUCGUCGGGGCUGCCGACGACGGGGCCGUCCUGCCGCCGCCGGAGGCCAUGAGAGAGGAGGGCCUCCUCCGGCGUGAGUGGCGCCGCCAAAACAAGUUGAGGCUGGAGGAGAAGGAGCGCAAGGAGAGGGAGCGGCGCGGCGAGAUCAUCGCGGAGGCCGAGGAGUUCAAGAAAUCCUUCCUCGAGAGGCGCAAGCUCAACUGCCAGACAAGGCGGACACACAACAGAGACAGGGAGAAGGUGUUCAUGGCGAACCAAGAGAAGUUCCACAAGGAGGCGGGCCAGCAGUACUGGAGGGCGAUCGCGGAGCUGGUCCCGCACGAGAUCCCGGGGCUGGAGAAGAGGGGCGCCGCCGCCAGGAAGAAGGAACCCAACAUCGUGGUGGUGCAGGGGCCGAAGCCGGGCAAGCCCACCGACCUCUCCCGGAUGCGCCAGGCCCUCGCGAGGCUCAAGCAAAACCCGCCGCCGCACAUGGUGCCGCCGGCGGCCAAGGAGGAAAACAAGGACGGCGACAAGGACGGCAAGAAGGACGGUGGCAAGGGUCCAAAGCAGGUGGAGGAGAAGAAAGACGGCAAGCGGGCAGCUGGGGAGGGCGAGAAGAAGGCGGCGGCCUGUGACGGUGGGAAGGCUACAGCAGGUGGUGGCAAUGUUGCUGCCGGCGCUCCACCGGCGGAGAAGGCAGCUGAACAACUGGCGGCGAAGAAGUAUCUGUGACAAUAAAUGCUGGGGAGCAGUGCUCUGAAGUCUCCUCUCCAUUGCGCUGCCGUACAUUCUCUCUUUCUGACGGUGACUUUAACUUCAGUUCAGUUUGUUUCUCUUUCAUAUGCUAUGCAUAAACUAUUUUGAGUUUGUCCUUAAAGAAUUGAUUAAAGAGGUUAAUGUUUUGGUUCA